AGUAUUCGGACUGGUUUUGGUGUUGGUGCUUGCUGGUAAUUUGACUUUCAGAGAAGGGGUAGCGAAAUUUAGUUUCGGCAUCGUAAAAUAUUAACUCUGUUGUAGUUUUGACUGGGAAUUGCUAAUAUAUUAAGUCUUCAGAUAUUAACUGUUACCGAAAUGUAACCCAGUGUCAUCUUUUUUGUGAAGCGCAAUAAACGAAAUCCCCCGGCGAAUCCACGGUUUUAAUAAUGGCUGAUAAAGAACAAGUCAUUCAAGCACUUCGUGCUACCCUUAUAUCUGUUAAGGGUGCAUUGACAGUAAAACAGUGCAAUCGGGAUUAUAGGGAACUUCAAGGGGAAUGGAUCCCUUUCAAAAAGUUGGGUUAUCCAUCUUUAGAGAAAUUAUUCCUGGAUGUUCCUGGAUUCAAAGUAACUCAAAUUAAUGGAGAAUGGUAUGUGGAUGCCAUUGCAAGCCAAGAAACCCAACAUAUUGCUGCCAUGGUCGCACGGCAAAAACCAAGCAAGAAAACUAAUAUAAAACUGACUAAUCCACAUAGAUUACCAAAAAAGCAAGGAUCUUGGCGUAAACCAUUUGCAUCAUCCAGUUAUUCUUAUAACUACAACAACCAAUACUCAAACCAAUAUUAUAGAGCCAAAAGUGCAGCACCUUUUAACAAUAAUAGUUAUAAUAAUAAGUAUAAUAACAAAUACAGUUAUAAAACCGAAACGAAAACUGCGCCUCAAGCGAAACCGGUAACUAGGACAGUGAGUGAACAGCAAUCCGAUAAAACUGCAUUGAAUUCCGCCAAAAGUUACAAUACAGCUCCAGGAGUGCGGGAAGUAAAUAUUCUGUCUGAUGAGUUCAAACAUUCCGUUCGCACUGAAAAUGAAACAGACACCAAGUACAGCAAAAUAUCAGCCUCCCAAAGAUUAUCAAAUUUGCGAGAUCGCCUUAGCACAGUAGAUCUAAUCCCUCUGCAACUACCGGCUACUAAAAACGAGUGUCUGGAAAUAAGUGGCCCGGUCACUAGCGUUACCCCCGCACAUAACUUAGAGCCGCCUCCAGACUCUUCAUCUUCUGUAUUAAAAUUAGAGUGGACAUGUCGGAAACUUGGACUGCCACUUCCAGUCUACAAAGUACACAACAUCAGGCCGAAGCGAGGACCUGUCAGCUACGAUUGUACAGUUAAAGUUGGGACUUCAUAUUCCUCUUCAUCGUAUCCUGACUCCUCUCCUUCCGAGGAAUUAGCUAAGGAAGUGGCAGCUGUUAAGAUGUUAGCGGUUAUCGAAAGUUCAGAAGCUGGCGGCAUGCCCACGUCAUCCAGUACCGACGCUAUCGCGUGCCUCACCGAGCUCGUCUCCGAACACGAAGCGGGUCUUUGGGCGAGUACUGUGCCACAUUUGUACAGGGAAAAGUAUGGCGAGAAUUUACCUAGUAACUGGCAAGAAUUGGUUGAAAAUUGUCCCCGAAUUAUCAAAGACCGAGUUGUAAAUGGGUUGUUAGUUCUUCUUCCUAAUAAUGAGGAAGUGGUUAUACCACCACAAGUAGAAUCCAAUAUCUCCGAUGAUACUAUCGACAGUGAUCUGCCACCUUUGCAAUUCCCUGAAGAGGACUUUUGGAACGUAUUUGUAACUGUAGCCAACUCCACCCUUGAAAUCUGGCUUAGGAUUAUUGGACCUCAGUAUAGUGACGCCUUCGAAACACUUCUGGCAGAUAUGGCAAUAUAUUACGAGCGUUCGGGUACUCCCGUGGACAAAUCUAUGUUGAUUAAAAAUGCUUGGUACGCGGUGAAUUUAGACGAUGGCGGGUGGCAGCGCGCUAAGAUCAUGGAUAUAGACGAAGACAAGGCAACUGUUUUUCUAGGGGAUCAUGGCGACGACGAUAUAGUCAAUAUACAUAAAAUAAAAAUACUCGAACCGCAGUUUAGAAGAUUGCCUGCCCAAGCGAUCCUGUGCCGGCUGGAGGGCGCGGAGGAGCUGGCCGCGAGCGCGGCGGGCGCGGCGCUGGUGCAGCGGCGGCUGCCGGGCGAGGUGCUGGUGGCGGCGCCGGGCCCGCGCGCCGACCCCGCCGACCCCUCCGUGGCGCUCGUGCUCUACGACACCUCCACGCAGCGCGACCUCAACCUCAACAAGGAGAUCGUGCAGGACUUCUGCAUCGCCGGCGCUUUUAACCUCACUCAAGCUCUACCAGCACGAGACAUCAAAGACAAAACAAGUGCUGAAAAGGAGGAUCCGGAACCAAAUCAGGCACCAGUAGUUCGCAACAUCAACCAGGAAAUCAUACAAGAGUUCUGCAUUGCCUGCACUUUAAAUGUAACUCAAAAGCCAUGCGAAGUGGAGGUGGGGUGCGUGAGCGAGGAGGGCCGCGUGUGGGUGUCGCGCGCGGGCGGCGCCGUGCUGGUGCGCGACGCGCUGGCGCUGCUGACGGCCGGGCCCUACCGCCGGCCGCUGCCCGCCGCGCCGCACGCGCCCUCGCCCAACGCGCAGACGCUCUACAUCGUGCGCACGCUCGCCGGCGACUGGGUACGAUGUACGAUCAUCAGCGGCCUCGACGGUGAAGGCACUGUAAGAACUCAGCUGGUGGACAGUGGACUGAUUUUGCGAGCACCGUUGUCGUCCCUGGUGCCACUACAAACAUUCUCUCCGGCCCUCAACGCCUUUCCGUGGCAGGCGAUGCAGGUGCGGCUGGGGGCGGCGGAGCGCGCGGUGGGCGGCAUGGUGGGGCGGCUGCGCGAGCUGCUGCUGGGCGCGCGCGUGCUGUGCCGCGCGCUGCCGGCGCCCGCGCCCGCGCCCGCGCCCUCGCCGCCGCACGUCGAGCUGUUCGUGCGCACCGGCCCGCAGAACAUCCUGGCCUCCGUCAACAACGCCAUCCUCAUGGAGUUCGAGUAUCUCCAGCUCGGCAAAUCGCAAGACGAGGAGAAGGACGCGACGAACCACGUGGAGGCGCUGCACAAGAAGAAAGAGCGCAUCUUCCGCAGCCUGUCGGCCGCCGGCGCGCUGGACGCGCCCGCCAGCGCGCUGCCGCCGCCCGCGCUGCCCGCGCCCGGCAAGUGCUUCGACGUCUACAUCGCCAUGGCCGCCAACCCGUGGAACUUUGUGGUGCAGCCAAACAGUACUAGACACACUCUACAAACUAUGAUGUCAUCCUUGCAAGCAGAAUGUCCCAAGUUGUCGGAAGCAGAUUCUCCCACUAACCCAGUUAGUGGAGAGUUAUAUACUGUUUAUUAUGACAAGGACGCUUCUUGGUAUAGAGUCACUAUUGCGGGGGCAGUUUCUACAGAAAUGGUGUCUGUGUAUUUCUGUGACUACGGAGACUUGGCACUCUUCCCCACCAAGUCGCUGCGCCCGGUUCCAUCGGCAGCUCCCCUGGCGCGCUCGUUGCCGCCUCAAGCAAUCAAAGCGCGUCUUUACGAUGUGUGGCCACUUCAUCAAGACUGGACUGUAGAAGAUUGUAUCCGAUUUCAAGAACUGUGUGUAGAACAGCAAUUCGUAGGUAUUUGCAAAGAGGUUGGCAAAGAUCCUUUGAAUCCCAAUGAGCCAUUAUUGACUUUAGAUCUUAUCGAUACAUCGACAGACGAAGACAUAUAUCUCAAUAAGCAAUUGGUUGCUGAAUGUAGAGCUCGUCUAGCAUCAUCUUCUACUUCUUCUUAGUAUUUUAAUAAUUAUUGUGUAUAGUGUAGUGUAUCCUGCUUUUUUAUUGUUAUCGCACUGUUUUUUAUGAGAUAUGAUUUAGUAUUUUCUGGCAAAAGUAAAGCCACACUUUAUAGUUUUGUAUUAGUGGCAUACAAAAUUUAGCAUGCUGUGAAUUAAUUUAUGUCGACUUAAGUUGUGAUACGUUUAGAAAUAUUGCCAGAAAAAACUAAUGAUUAUAUAAAAUUUGUUAUCUGUUAUGUUUCAUUAUUAUAUAAAACAAAAGACUAUUUGAGUUUCGUGACAAGGGAUUCAAUUUUAUUAAUAGUAAAACCUGCACUGAAAUAGAUAUGUUUAGGGCUUCCUAAAUAAUGUCUAUUCAAAUAUGAAAUUCUGUCAACGUUAUUUUACAUUUACUCAAAGUUUGUAGUUCCCUUUGAUGCGCGACUAAUUAUGACGUCUAUGUAUGAACCAUUUCAACAUUGAUACGCAUGACUUAAAUUCGUUACGACAUUCCGUUUAUUAAAUUCAUCUGCUUGAUAAUUUAAUAAUUAUAUCUGAAACCUGCGGUCGGAUUAUUAUAGUAUAAGCACUAUGAUAAUGAAGGUAGCACAAGACAUUACAUAAAAAUCUAGAUAGUUUCGAAAAAUAUUAAUUGAAAUGACGCUUGUGAUUGUUGUACGAAUUUCUAUAUUUAAUAGUUUUCGUGUCGGCUUUAAAAACAUCGCGCACAGAUUAGUAUCAUUAAAGUGCUGACUAGUAACUAUUAUAACGUUUUUGUUUAAGAAUUCUCACUCAAAAUCUAUGAAAUAUCUGUAUUUGCACUCACCAGUUGGCGCCACUGGCUAGUAGGGCCUGUGGCGCACAGCUAAGCGGUAUCUCUCAAUCUACAGCAAUGGAUCACUGGUCUGUUUUCAUUUAAUAUAAGUAUCAUUUUAUUUGCAAGGUUAUUUAUAGGUUGCAGUGCUUUUAAUCACAUUAUACAGGAACGAAAUUCAGUUAUAGGUUUCUUCAGGUAUAUUUCAACUUUAUGUUAUUAAUAACAGAAUAAUGUUAUUAAUUAUGUAGUUUAGUUCUGUGAUUAAUGACAUAGGGACAUAGUUAUAUAAGCAAAAUAAUAUUUUGCAGAUUAUGCAUAAUGGUUGUAUCAGAUUUUAAUUAUCACGGUACGACAGUUAUUUACUCCAGUUACUUAUAAUUCCCAGGUAAUAAAUAUAUUGCAAAAUAUAUUCUUGACUGUGCAUAUAUCUACAUACAUGAUUGGCUUCUAGGUGUCGUUUUAUAAUUAUUAAUUGUCAUACUCGUACAUAGCACAUGCAAACAAAAUAAAAAAACAUACAUUUAA